AUGGCGUCCAUCGCCAAUGUGUACGGAGCCCUAAUGGUGGCGACCAGUGUGGCCUCGGUGUGCGGCAACCUCCUGCUGCUGCUGGUGGUGGCUCUCAACAAGAGCCUGCGGGGCGAGACGUGGUUCAUCGGUGCCAUCGCCACUCUGUGCAACCUCUCCUUCGGGUUCUCCAUCGUGCCUUUCGGGGCGCACAACAGCUUGUCCCUGGCCUGGGGGGGCUCCAGCGACCGGCCGCUCUGCCAGGGCUGUGCGUUCCUCCUGGUGCUCCUGCAGCUGGGCACCCUGAACACUGUGGUCCUGGCCACCACCGACAAGUUCACCGAGCUCUGCUUCUCCCUGCACCACGCCCAGCUCUUCGCCCCGAAGAGGGCGGUGCUCGCCCUGGGGCUGGUGUGGGUCUGCAGCGUGGUGGGUGCCGCCUGCCCGUUGGUGGGAGCCGGGGCGUUCAGCUAUGGCAAGACCAAGUUCCUCUGCGUGCCGACCUUCGCGCCCACGCACAUGGCCUACAGCAACGUCCUCCUAGUGGUGGGCAACGUCAUCCCCAUCCUGGCUAUGGUCGCCAUGUGUGUGGGCGUCAUCUGCGACGGCCGCAACAAAGCCUUGAGGGGGACGUUCGUGGGCAACCAGCAGCAGUUCGCCAACGCGGGCGACUACUUCAAGAGCGCCAUGGGCAUGAUGCUAUCCGUGGCGUGUGUGCUGGUGACCUGCUCGCCGUUCCUCGCCGUAUGUUUCUACGAGACCUACACGGGCCGAAGCUUACCGCCCACGCCCGACGCAAUGAUCAUCUGGUUCAUGCUCUCCCCCUGUGCUCUCGACCCCUGGCUCAACUUCCUCACGCAAAAGAAGUACAGGGACGGCCUGAAGGAAUGUAUGAAGAAGGUAUGUGGAGGAUGA